AUGGAGGAUCUCUUACUGAGUAUUCAGUGGAUUCUAUUUGCAAGACGACCGCUCAAACGAGAGGAAUUGUACUUUGCCAUCCUUUCUGCCGAUCCCGACAAUUUGACGGAGGCCUGGGACCCUGAAGACGUAACUGAGCAGGAUAUCGAUCGAUUCGUACUGAGCGCCUCCAAAGGGCUCGCUGAGACAACUAGAUCAAAAGCAAAGACCGUUCAAUUUAUACACGAGUCUGUCCGAGAUUUUUUGCUGAAAGAGAAUGGAUUGCGCGAGCUCUGGCCUGAGCAUCAGGGGAACUUCGAGGCAUCCAGUCAUGAUCAACUGAAGCAGUGUUGCAACAACACCCUCCUUUCCGAAACUAGCAACCGCAUUGCAGAGGAGCAGUAUGUUGCAUCUGCUUCCAGGGAUGAGCUCAAGGCCUUACGGGGCUCUGUUUCUCGAAAGGUCCCAUUCCUACAAUACGCGGUCCACAAUGUCCUUCAACACUCUGAAGCUGCAGAGAAGGGUGGCAUCCGCCAGGGAUGCUUUCUUGGCAACUUCAAUUUCUCUCGCUGGAAGCGUUGCAGCAAUUUUUUCGAGAGCCAUGUGGUUCUAUACCGAGCAGGCGUGAACUUGACUUUCUGGUUUCCUAUGCUGUUAGGAAUGACCAUAGAGAAUUUCUCGAUUCCAUCAUCCGAAGCCAGCUGCAAGACGCUUCAGCUUCCUCUACCGCUUGCAUCGAAAUGGCGCUCCGUUACACCCAUCCAAUUUGAUCGAGAAGCUAUGUUCGCGAGCCUCAUGACACGUACCAAUGUUAACCUCAAUCUACAGGACAAAGAUGGAAAGCAGUAUCUACAUUACGUGAUCCAGUACGGCCGCGACUCCAUGUUCGACCGAAUGUUAGCUAUGCGCGAGAUUGACUUGAAUGCACCCGAUGUACACGGCGACACGCCUUUACAUUACGCCAUUCGAUUUGAGCAACAAUAUAUCUUCACCAAACUUAUCACAAUGGAUCGGAUAAAUUUGAGUGUCCAAAACAUGGCUAAUCAGGCUUUAUUACACUGUGCUAUGCAAUAUGGACGGGAGAAGAUGUUUGAUUUACUGAUAAUGAGAGACAAUGCCGAUAUUACUGCUCAUUUAUGCUCCGCUAUCGAGCGUAAUGACGAGCUUGUGUUCAAUCGACUGUUAGCAACACGGCCCGUUGAUGUAAAUUCCACAAAUAAAUUUGGCAAGAAGCCAAUGAUACUGGCCAUCGAACGCUCAAAUCCUGCCAUGAUUAAGUCGCUCUUGGAAAUGAGCUGCACGGAGUUGUUACGUCUCCAGGUACCCCUCUCCGAGCAAGGUUGGAACAGAAUGCUUCAAUGCGCAGCCCUAAAUAGAUGGGGUGAGAUUGUAGAGCUACUAACUACCAUGGAUGACCUCUUCUCUCACUUGAAUAGCCCGUGUGCAGAAGCCGUUUUGCUCUACGCCGCAUGGAGUGGCAAUAAGACCCUUGUGGAUAGGAUUCUAGCUACAGAGAAGCCUGAUCCAAACGCAAAAGCCUUGGAUGGGAAGACAGCACUUGCAUACGCUGCAUAUGGAGGCUACACAGACAUUGCCAUGCAACUACUGUCAAAAGAAAACGUUGAACCUGAUGUCAAAGAUUGGUAUGGAAUGACACCACUUGCAUACGCUGCAUCUAGAGGCCACGAAGAUAUUGUUAUGCAGCUACUCUCAACAGAAGGAAUCAAUGUCGAUGCAGCAGAUUCACUUGGAAUUACGCCACUCAUACACGCUGCCACUAGCGGCCACACAGCUGUUGUUCACAUACUUCUGUAUACAGGAAAUGCCAAUCCUGACUUGAAAGACAGAUUUGGGUUUUCGCCCUUGUCUGAAGCCGCACUGAAUGGUCAUGAAGACGUGGUACGUCGGUUACUUGCAGUCCGAAGAGCUGAUGUUCUCCCCGAGGAUGUUGGGGGACGAAAAGCACUUUUGGCGGCGAAGGCUUAUCAGCACGAUAGGAUUGUGAAGAUACUGGAGGACUGGCUAUCACCUUCCCCUCAUUUCGAACAAAGAUCAACUGCAUGA